UCUUCAUUUUUAACACGUGUUACAUGUGCUAUUUUUGUGUCUCUGUGGUGGAUUUGGCUGACACCCGCUCAGUGUUUUUCUUUGCUGUUUUUUCUCUGGUUUCUUGGAUGCUGAAGGAUUGAUGGGGAUGGAGAUACAACACGAUCAUCCUGCACUGAUGUUCACCUGGACGCAAGAGCUGCACUGACAGAGGUCUGCUGAGUGGAGACGACACAGUGGGUGGACAGACACAAGAAACGUGUCCACAUCGGUGAGCGUCCUCUGCGUGGCUGUCAGGAGAACCAUCUAGCCAAUCAGGAGAGGUGCGGGGUGCAGCCGGCCAAUCGGAGGGGGAGAGAUGUUGGGGCAGGGCGGGCAUACGGCCCUGGCUCUCGUGUCAUUACUGCUGCUACUGUGGCGCGAAGCGGCAACUAUCGAAGUCCCACAAGAUCCAAAGAUCCUGAAAGACCUGAAGCAGCCCCCCACCAUAAUCAAACAGUCAGUGAAGGACUACAUUGUUGACCCCAGAGACAACAUCAUCAUCGAGUGUGAAGCCAAGGGCAACCCAGUGCCAACGUUCUCAUGGCGAAGGAACGGGAAGUUUUUCAACAUCGGGAAAGAUCCCAGGGUGACGAUGCGAAAACGCUCGGGAACUCUGGAGAUCGGCUUCCGUAGCGGAGGACGGCCAGAGGACUACGAAGGAGAGUACCAGUGUUUUGCCACGAAUGACUUCGGAGUGGCUCUGUCUAACAAAAUCCUGCUCCGAGUCUCCAAGGCUCCUCUGUGGCCUAAAGAGGUCCUUGAACCAGUGGUGGUACCCGAAGGCUCCCCGCUGAUUCUCCCCUGUAACCCCCCACCAGGCCUGCCUCCUCCUUUUACCUUCUGGAUGGACAGUGCGAUGACGCCCAUCCCUCAGGAUAAGAGAGUGUCCAUGGGUCUGAACGGCGACCUCUACUUCUCCAAUGUUUUGGCCAAAGAUGCUCACACCGACUACAGCUGCAACGCUCGCUUUCUCUUCACCCACACCAUCCAGCAGAAGAACCCCUUCACACUCAGAGUCCAGACCAACGAGCCGUAUAACGACACGUCUUACAAUGCCACUGACCCGUACGGUGGCCGUAAAGUAGCAGAGACCACGCCAACCUUCCUUUCACCUACGGGGACAGAGAGCUCAAAAAUGGUGCUACGAGACGAACAGCUGCUGCUGGAGUGCAUCGCUGCUGGACUUCCAACUCCCACCAUCAAAUGGUUUAAAAAGGGAGGAGAGCUUCCAGCACACAAAGUCAAGUUUGAGAAGUUCAACAAGACGCUGAAGAUAAUCAACGUGUCUGAGGAGGAUGCCGGGGAGUAUGUCUGCAUGGCCAACAAUCAACUAGGCAGUGCACGCCACUCUAUCUUCGUUCAGGUCAAAGCGGCUCCUUACUGGCUCGACAAACCAACAAAUCUGGUGCUGGCACCAGAUGAGAACGGACGCCUGGUGUGUCGGGCAAACGGCAACCCCAAACCCAACAUCCAGUGGCUGAUCAACGGCCAGCCAAUAGACAGUUCUCCCCCUAACCCAAGCAGACAGGUGCUGGGUGACACCAUCAUUUUUCGCUCGGUCCAGAUGGGAAGCAGUGCUGUGUAUCAGUGCAACGCUUCCAACCAGCAUGGCUAUCUGCUGGCCAACGCCUUCGUCAGCGUUCUCGACAUGCCUCCGAGGAUGCUAGGACCUAAAAAUCAGUUGAUCAGGGUCAUCGAGAACAACCGCACCUUCCUUGACUGCCCCUUCUUUGGUUCUCCUCUGCCUGAGCUUCGCUGGUUUAAGAACGGACAGGGUAGUGGUCUGGAUGGAGGUCAGUACCGGGUUUACAUCAACGGUACCCUAGAGAUCAAACGAGCCAGAGCAGAGGACGAGGGCACCUACACCUGUGUGGCCAACAGCAUCCUAGGAAAGGCUGAUAACCAGGUCCGCCUGGAGGUCAAAGAAGCGACUCGUAUCGUUCGAGCCCCAGAGCAUCAGACCAUCGUCAGGGGCAGCACAGCUCGCUUUGACUGUAAGGUGACGUCUGACCCCAGCCUCUCCAUCACUGUGACCUGGAUGAAAGACGACAAGCCUCUGCAGCUGGGAUGGAGGUUAAGGAAAGACGAGGAGUCCCUGACCAUCCCCAAUGUGAAUGAGGGCGAUGAGGGGAUGUACACCUGCACUGCUAAAUCUGAUAUAGACGAGGACUCGUCCUCAGCCCGCCUCACUGUGUUAGAGGAAGCCUCCCUCAACCCCUCAGUCUCUAGUGCCUUGCCUCCAGACCGUCCCGACCCUCCCAUGGAUCUGGAUCUAUCAGAUCCUGCAGCACGCAGUGUUCGCCUCACCUGGAUUCCUGGAAACGACCACAGGAGCCCAGUCACACAGUUCCUGGUCCAGUUCGAAGAGGACCGCUGGGACCCUGGCAGGUGGCAGAACUUAUCCUCCUACCCUGGGGAUCUCAACUCGGUCAUUCUGCAGCUCUCGCCCUUUGUCAACUAUCAGUUCAGAGUCAUCGCCAUCAACGCAGUGGGACUAAGCGAGCCCAGCCGGCCUUCACCGCGGUACAAGACCAGCAGUGCAGCUCCAGAUGCCAUCCCCAGAGGCCUGCGCGGGUGGGGCUCCAAGAAGGAUAACAUGGAGAUAACAUGGGAGCCUCUGCUUGACCUGGAGAGAAACGGCCCAAACCUUCACUACAGCGUGUGGUGGAGAAGAAAAGAUUCAGGUGAGGAGUGGAGCAAUGUGACCACGGCGGAGUCCAAAUAUGUCGUCCAAAACACAGAAACCUUUGUGCCUUAUGAGAUCAAAAUCCAGAGCAGGAACGACUUCGGAGUGGGACCUGAGUCCAACUUGGUGACUGGAUAUUCAGGAGAGGACAAGCCCACCGAUGCUCCCACUGAGUUGCGAGUUUCAAAGGUGGACAGCACCAAAGCAAACGUCCAUUGGAAGUCUGUGGACAUGAACUCUGUCCUGGGAGAGUUCAAGGAGUUCAGACUGUAUUACUGGCGAGAGGCCAGUCUGGUUCCUGGUCUGGUGGUCAGUAAGGAGAAGAAGACCAAAGGUUUCUACACCACUGCGGCCGAGCCGUCAGGCAUCCUCAGUGACUUGGUGCCGUUCUCUCAGUACAAGAUGUUCAUGGUGGUGGCCAACAGCCGCUUUGAGGGUCCGCCAAGCAACACGGUGGAGUUCACCACCAAGGAAGGAGUGCCAGAUGCUCCAAAGUUCUUCAGGAUUAAACCCAGAAGUUUCGACACCCUCCAGCUGGAGUGGGACAAACCUCUAGAACCAAACGGCAUCCUGAUUGGAUAUCAGCUCAAGUACCAAACAGUAAACGGCUCCAGAGCAGGUCGACCCCAGGUGGAGACGUUUUUACCCAACGUCACCGAGUUCAAGUUCCGCCUGCCGGACAGAUCCACACGUUACAAAUUCUACCUGUCGGCAAUCACACAGGUUGGAGCAGGCGAGGUCUUUGCAGAGGAGUCGCCUCAUUUCGCCAAUGAAGAAAACUUUACUGACACUACAGGGCUAGUCGAGCUUACCGACGCCUCCUUGGCUUCAGAGUUCACCCCUACUCCUCCUCCUCCCGCUCCACAUCCUCCUACUACCAUCGCUCCUACAACCAUUAGUACCUCGAUCUCUACGACUACUCCUCCUACCACCACCACAACAACCACCACCACGACCGAGGCAACCACGACCAUCACAACUCCCGUGCUGGUCACCACCAAGCGUACAGAUCAGAACGUGUUGGUGGCCCCUGGGCGGGACAUCUGGAAUCUGACGGUGGAGCCUAACAGUGACUACGCUAACGUCAGCUGGAGACACAACUUCCCGGCCGGCAGCAGCGAGUUUGUGCUAGAGUUCACACUGGACAGUGACAAGUCGGUGAAAGUUUUUACGGUGAAACAGCAGCCUCCCAUUAAGGUGGCGGAUCUGAUCGCAGGCGCCACGUAUCAUCUGAGGGUUUACUCCCAUGAGCUCAACAGCAUCAGCAGCAAAUCUGUCACCUUUAAGACCAAACCAGCCUACAUAGACCAGGUCGACAUCGCCACCCAGGGCUGGUUCAUUGGGUUGAUGUGUGCCAUCGCCCUCAUCAUUCUGAUCCUCCUCAUCGUCUGCUUCAUCAAGAGGAGUCGUGGAGGCAAAUACCCAGUCCGUGACAAAAAAGACCUCCCAUUGGACCCUGUAGAUCAAAAAGACCAGGACGGAUCCUUUGAUUACCACAGCGACGAGGACAACAAGCCGCUUCAGGGCAGUCAGACGUCGCUGGACGGCAACGUGAAGGAAAGCGACGACAGCCUGGUUGACUACGGCGAAGGUGGCGAUGGCCAGUUCAACGAGGACGGCUCUUUCAUCGGCCAGUACACGGUGAAGAAGGACAAAGACGAGACGGAGGGAAAUGAGAGCUCUGAGGCCACCUCACCCGUCAAUGCCAUCUACUCCUUGGCGUAGCAGCACAUGGCGGACUGGACGACACCUGCUAUGACAAACCUUGACCCCACACACCCGACACAGACACAAACACAUGAAUAUAUUAAUAUAUGAAACACAUAACACAGAAUAGACCUGUCUGGAGACUGAGUGGGCUCUCCUCUGCUUAUAAAGAAACACGAGGAAUAUAAGAGUGGAAUUAGACCACAAGCCUUUAUUUUAAGUUUCCAGCUCGAAGGAAUUGGCCCCGUUGAAGGAGACAAAGUGGACGGCGCUGGUUUCCCUCCGUGCUCCUCGUGCCCUUUACCCACACAGACUUGAAGUGUGCCUUCGGGGUAGCUUUCAGCACGCGGAGGCCUCAACAAGCGUCCUUUAGAGAUUUUUUUGGGUUCGAUUCUGCUCCAAACAUCUUCGGCUUUUGUGCACCCUGAAAACCUCUGUGUAGCAUCCCAGAUAAGUAGGCACAUGAGGUCCCCUACACUCUCACACUGGCCCCGUCCUGUAACAUAUCAGCUUCUGAUCAUCAACCUCCACAGGAUGCCGGCAGAUAUGUUUAUCAUAUUGAUAUUUACGCAGUGAAAGAUUUCAGUUUCUCCACAGCUGGUAGACCAGUCAUCGAACCUUAAUGAGUGCUGUAUUCAGUCCUGGCACGCAUUUUAGUUCCAUGCAAAACUAUGCACUAUCACCUCCUCAACACCAUUCUUUGGUUUGGAUCUGGUUUGUAAAAGUAAACAUGUUUGGGUUUCUUUUUUAACCACCUGCAGGCUUAAUCACAUGCUUUUAAUCACUUUGCCUUGUACAAUGUUUUUCUUACCUCUAAUCCAGUGUUGUAGAUGUGCAGAUGUGAAAAUCAGAAUGCUAUUUCUACCACAAGCAGCAAGCCCUUUUACAGUUUGGUAAUGAACCCCAUUUACUGAAAAAUAAUUGAUUUUAUUUUGGAGCAUGAUAGCAACUAGUGCAAGAAAAAUGGGAAGGCUACAGAGAGUUUUGUUUGAGGAACCAAAGUAGACGACAACUCAGUGAAUUCCUGAGCUAGCAUGCAGACUAAUGCUGCAUUCAUGUCAGACGGGAACAAAAACAGCUUCUUGCUAGGAGCUGGGAAGCUUCCAUGAUUCAUAAAUGUUGUUUUCUCUGGCACACUUGAAUAAGUGAGCAUAACUUUAGAAAGUACAUUUUACAUCUAAUCAGACAUCACAAAGUCUUAAUUAUAUAUCCAUGUUUCCAUUCAUUCCCUAACUGGGACCUAGAAAAGUUUUGGAUCCACUCUCACACUUUCAUAGAUGCUGUAUGUUAAUAUUUAUGUUAGUUUCUUGCAGGCAUCUUCUGCUAUUUUCUCCCCUGAGGGACAUGAAUGCAGCAUGAGAGGCUAGGAUCCUUAAGAUGUGUUCAGACUAAAACUCAUUGGAUUUGUCACACAAAUUUCCCUUCUGGAUUGUUUUUAUUCCAUAAUUUCUGACUUUAACCCUCCAGGCCCGUAGCUUUUUUAACCAUUUUGUCUCACCUGGACUUACUAGCCUAAAAAGCUUGUAAAACAUCAACCCUGGGGAAUUUUAAAAA